CUCAGUCCUGGCAAAGCAUUUCUGAUAACCACAGUCAAACCAGAGCUGCAAUUUCCCUGUUUUAUAUAUAGAUGGAGAUGAAUCUGUGCCUUGGCUGGGCACUAUAUAAACGGCUGUCACUGCCUUCCCCCGCUCACAGGCUGCCACUGCUAGGAAACAGUGUGAUUCCUCCAAGGAAACAGUGUGUGAUUCCUCCAACUGGAGCCAUGGACACUUCUUAUCCUCGUGAAGACUACCUGCCCAUGUCUUCCCGUAAGCAGGAACCUUCUCCAAUGGUCAUCACUGUCAAGCCUCCGGUGGUCCCCCGCGACUAUAUGAUUUGGUCCGUAUUCAACACCAUCUACAUGAACCUGUGUUGCCUUGGCUUUGUCGCCCUUGCUUAUUCUGUCAAGGUAGGAAGAUUCUCCACUGGUUCUUAUCUCUUGGGCCCUGCACUGGGGCUACGUAUUUGCCUGGAAUGGCCCCUCCAGAGAAUUCUGGUUGAGAGCAAUUCCUGGAAGGCAGCUGUGGUAUUUGGUGGCAUCAGUUACACAGAAUCUGCUAUGGAACCUUAGAGAUAAGGAGGAAAGCAUUUCAGUCUAUCUGGGGUAGUGGAGAUAUCUAGGCAUAAUGAUGAAGAGUGCUGUGAAACUCCAGAGCCUGUCUCUUACUGUUUCACACAGCAAUUCCAUUCCAUAGUUCCUCUUCUAAAAACAACAGGGCAGAUUGCAACCCUGAAUUUAAGUUUUAAAACGCUGGUUUCCCCAGAGGAUUGUAGCAUGCAUUUCAAUUGGUUCCGGUAUAAUAAUUUUUCCAUUUCUCUCUGUUCUCCAGAUUAUGAAGCACUUUUAAAAAGGCAAAGGAAACAGAAGUAGAAAUUGAAGUAGAAAUAUCUAGUAAUCGGGGAAAUACCACAAACUCACUGCACCAUAACCUGGUCAUGUGUGAAACUGCUGGAAGGAGAGUUGAAUUCCUGGAUAGCUGUGGUUUUUCAUGAAAGUUUAAAGAGCAAAAUACAGGAUAACAGAGACAAAAAUUUACACUUGGUGCAGAAAUGUGACUUCAGGAAUCACUUGGUGGCUACUAAAUGUUAUACCUGAUAGAGCACAUGCUUCAAACUGUUCAUUUUUAUGCAGAUGACAUUUCCCAGUAUGUAGCUGCAGAAAAUAAAUUUGGGAAGGAACCAAAUUCUCCCCACCUCUAUGUACACCAGUCUUUAUAGCUUAUUGUUUGUAAUAUUGUAUUGUUCAGGAGAAUACUAUGCCUUUUAAAAGCUGUGACACCCAAAAAUAUUUCAAAGGAAAUGUUUCCUGGUAUGGAGAUUAAUGGGGAGAAAGACUUAGCUACUGCAUAUUGUCAACUAGGCUGUUAUUUAAAGGUGCAGGAGCAGCACCAGCAAAAUAAAGAAAGAAAGAAGUUAGCUAUCCUGAAGUGAAGCAAAUAUUGUAAAGGACGCACAGGGGCAAGAGUACAAUAAAAUGUAUAGGAUUGAUUUGUGGUGUGUCAUACCGUCCCUUCCAUUCCCACUGGCUCAGGCUGAUUUGUUGAUAGUUCAUUAAAUUGUGUAAUUAAUAGUCUGCAGAGAGGAAAUGGGAUUAAGAGUUGGGACAGGCUAUUGUAAAGGCACUGUAGCCAAUAUUUCAACACAUUCCUGCAUGCGGAACUACUGCUAAGUUAGUGAUUUAUCCAGAGAUAAGAAAGCUACUGUACACUCUCUUUGGUUUGUGAUUGAUGUAAUGAUUGUAAAAAAUUAUUUAUGUAUUUAUUACAUUUGUUAGUCAUUUUGUCUUGCCCAGGGCAACCCAAAAUGACUUACAAAGAAUUAGAUUGGCAUUUAACAUAACAGGAAAGAAACAGCAGUAACAUGUAAGUAACCAGAAUCUCUCUAGACCUGGAAAAGGAGUUUGGAAAGCCAGGCUGGAGAGAUGGAUGUGGGUUGGGAAUCAACAUUAUGUAAUGAAUAGCAGAAGUAAAAUAGGUCACUGGUUCUAGAGAGAUGGAACAAGGAUGUGCCAUACUUCUGUCCCUGUGAAAGCUCCAGCUUGUGCAUCCACUGGCCUACUGAGCACCCACUGGCCUUUAAGCGCAUGGAGCAUCUUAUGCUGCCACUUUGGGACUUCUAGCACUAAACGGAUGUGUAUGGAAUGCAGGAACAAGUGCUCACUAUAAGGCAAUGCCAACUUGUGUGGGCUUCUGUAAGCCAUUCCUACAUCUGGAUGGUGUCACGUGUGCCAACCAUCACCCACCCAAUUUGCUUUGUGAACUUCAGGGGAAUAGAAUGAGGACUGACCCCAAUACCACAGGCACUGUGUAGACCAAAGAGACUGACCAAAUCCAGCUCCCAGACAUGCGUAGCUGUCUUGACAUAGUCGCUUCUAACAUUGUGACUCCAGUUUUGGGUGUUGUCCUUCUCAGUUGUGUUGUUCUGCUCUACACAGGGGGUUUCCCUUCCCCAUCGCUUUCUUUAUGUGUAGCCUUACUAAUGCUCUGUGCCUUUUCCUUCUUCUUUCUUGAAGGCACGGGAUCAGAAGGUGUCUGGUGACCUGGAAGCUGCCCAUCGCUACGGCUCCAAAGCCAGGUGCUACAAUGUCCUUGCCACAGUGUGGAAUGUGGUGCUGCCGCUCAUGCUCAUUGCUCUGGUGAUCACGGGCGUCCUCCACCUCUCCAAGCUGGCUCAGGAGUCCAUGGACUUUUUGGCUUACAGACUCUUUCCUAACGAUGAUGACAAGAAGUGA